CCUGAUUUGUGAGACGGGAGGGCGGAUCCUGACUGUCUCUCCCUUAUUUGCUUUGCUUUUUAUUUUUGGCUGGAGUCGGGGCUGGGGUCCUAGUGCACGCUGUGCCCCGGUCCGUUUACCCAUUAGCUAGCCAUACGCCAUGAUGAUGAGGAGCAGCCUUAGGCUUCUGCCCAGGCUGAGGGGCAAAGACCUGCUUCUGCCCCCUUGGGACAAGGCUCCAGCUGCUGCCUCCUCCUGCCUGCUGCCCCCAAGCAGGGCAUUUACCAGAGAACCCACCGCCGGCGGUGAGAAAGAAACCCAGUCCUUGGUUUUGGGAAAGAGAUGGAAGGACACUGCAGAGACAGUGAUCAUCGGAGGAGGGUGCGUUGGUGUGAGUUUGGCGUAUCAUCUUGCCAAGAGCGGUAUGAAGGACGUUGUGCUCCUGGAGAAAUCAGAACUCACAGCUGGAUCCACCUGGCACGCAGCUGGAUUAACUACCUACUUCCAUCCUGGAAUAAACCUUAAGAAAAUUCAUUAUUACAGCAUCAAACUGUACGAAGAUUUGGAAGAGGAGACUGGACAGGCUGUUGGGUUUCACCAACCUGGGAGUAUCAGAAUUGCUUCAACACCAACAAGAGUGGAUGAGCUCAAGUACCAAAUGACACGUUCCCGCUGGCACCCAAAUCCACAGUACCUGGUUGGGCCUGAAAAAGUCCAGGAGCUGUUUCCAUUGCUGAACAUAGACAAGGUUCUAGCCGGCCUGUAUAAUCCUGGAGAUGGUCAUAUAGACCCCUAUUCUUUGACGAUGGCCCUGGCUGCAGGGGCCAGGAAAUAUGGUGCCCAGUUAUACUUCCCUGCCCAGGUGAUUAAUCUCACACCUAGAUCCGAUGGAACAUGGAACGUGGAAACCCCACAUGGAACAAUUCACGCAAAGAGAAUUGUGAAUGCUACAGGAUUCUGGGCUCGAGAGGUUGGAAAGCUUAUUGGAUUGCAGCACCCACUUAUCCCUGUUCACCAUCAGUAUGUUGUGACAGCUACAGUUCCUGAAGUGAAAGCCUUAAAAAAGGAACUUCCUGUUCUUCGCGACCUGGAAGGAUCCUACUAUUUACGACAAGAGAGAGAUGGGCUUUUAUUUGGUCCAUAUGAAAGCCAAGAAAAGAUGAAGCUACAAGACUCCUGGGUUACUGACGGAGUUCCACCAGGAUUUGGUAAAGAAUUGUUUGAGUCAGAUCUAGAUAGGAUUAUGGACCACGUAGAAGCAGCUAUGGAGAUGGUUCCUGUUCUGAAAAAUGCCGACAUUGUUAAUAUAGUUUCAGGACCAAUAACAUACACUCCAGAUAUUCUUCCGAUGGUUGGCCCCCAUCAAGGUGUGCAGAAUUACUGGGUAGCCAUUGGUUUUGGAUACGGAAUAGUUCAUGCUGGAGGCAUUGGCAAAUUUUUAAGUGACUGGAUCAUAUGUGGUGAGCCUCCAUUUGACCUCAUUGAAUUAGAUCCAAACCGAUAUGGAAAAUGGACCACAACACAUUAUACUGCCUUAAAAGCAAGAGAAUCGUAUGGAUUCAACAACAUUGUUGGUUAUCCUAAAGAAGAGAGGUUUGCUGGGAGACCAACAGAAAGAGUAAGUGGCUUAUAUAAUCUUCUCAAGACAAAAUGCUCAAUGGGAUUCCAUGCCGGAUGGGAGCAGCCUCACUGGUUCUACAAACCUGGGGACGACGUGGGAUACAAACCAAGUUUCAGAAGAACAAACUGGUUUGAACCGGUUAGACGUGAAUAUAAGCAGGUUAUGGAAAAAGUUGGAGUGAUCGAUCUUACGCCAUUUGGCAAGUUUACUGUCAAAGGAAUAGAUGCGACCAAACUGCUGGACCAUGUGUUUGCAAAUACCAUCCCAAAGGUGGGUUUCACAAACAUUAGCCAUAUGCUAACACCAAAAGGCCAUGUAUAUGCAGAGCUCACCGUGUCUCACUUGUCCCCUGGAGAAUUUUUGCUCAUCACUGGCUCUGGGUCAGAACUUCACGAUCUAAGGUGGUUAGAGGAGGCUGCAGUACAAAACAAAUACAGCGUGGAGCUUGUUAAUGUGACCGAAGAGACUGGGGUUAUUGGAGUAGCUGGACCACUGUCCAGGGAUGUUCUUCAAAAACUAACAGCAGAGGAUCUCAGUGAUGAGGCCUUCAAAUUUCUGCAAUCCCGAAAAAUCAGCCUCUCUGGUAUCCCUGUGACAGCUAUUCGGAUAUCCUAUACAGGUGAACUUGGCUGGGAGCUCUACCACAGGAGAGAGGACACGUCUGCCUUAUACAAUAAUAUCAUGCACGCUGGUCAAGAACAAGGAAUUGACAACUUCGGAACUUACGCCAUGAAUGCAUUGAGACUGGAGAAAGCUUUCCGUGCCUGGGGAGCUGAGAUGAAUUGUGACACAAACCCAUUGGAAGCAGGUCUUCAAUACUUCAUAAAGUUAAACAAGUCAGCAGACUUCAUUGGCAAACAAGCUCUGAAGCAAAUAAAGGAAAAGGGUCUCCAGCGGAAAUUGGUCUAUCUGACCCUGGAAACAGACAAUGUCGAUCCAGAGGGCAAUGAGAGCAUCUGGUACAAUGGAAAGGUCAUUGGAAACACUACAUCAGGGACAUACAGUUACAGGACCAACCAAAGCCUGGCCUUUGCUUAUGUGCCCACAGAACUUAGUAUUCCCGGCCAGAAAGUGGAGGUGGAACUCCUUGGCACAAACUACCCAGCUACAGUCAUACAAGAGCCCUUAGUGCUCACCGAACCCACCAGAAACCGCAUGCAGAAGAAACAUGGAGGCACCAACUUGUAACUGAAUGCAAACCCCCAAGACACAUCACUGCCAAUAGACCAGGGUGAUUCCAUCUUUAAUUGUAAUCUUAUGUUCUUGGAUAUUUUAAUUUCUUUAUCAAGAUAUACUCAUGUUUAUAUGAAUGUACACAGCAGGGGCUAAAUCUUCCAAUUACAGUGGGAGCCAAUACCUUGUGUAUAGAGAAAGUAGGAAAAAAGACACAUGUUUAUCAAGUCCAACCCCACUGUUAAUCCAGAAGAAGGCAAAAUCCCCUCAUUGAGCCUCUUUCUGAUUGUGUCUAAAAUGUCUCUCAGUUGGUCAAAUAAUCAUUUUGAUAAAACUAAUUAUAUCCUGUAUAUUCUUAUUUGCUAAAAAAAUAUGCAGCCAAUAUUUAAAGGCUCCAACUAAAUUUGAUAGCUCAACCUCUGUACAUAUUAACUAAAAUCAUUCUGAAUGUUCAUCGUAAUUAACAGUCCAGGUAAUAUCCUGCCACAAACCUGACUAUAUAUAUGUAUAUACUAUAUUUGUAUAGUAUAUAUUGGACCGAUCUGCAUUAGCUCUUAAUAUGUAUGUAACAGGUAAUCUACGUGAAAUAAAUGGAAUCUAAAAUGUAG